AUGGCGGCGGCGGCGGUGGCAGUGGCGGAGACCCGGCGGCAGCCGCGCCCGGGCGGCGGCGGCUUCCAGGCGCACGGCCUCACCGAGGAGGAGGCCCGCGUGAGGGCCAUCGGCGAGAUCGUGAGCGCCAUGGUGGACCUCUCCCGCAAGGGCGAGACCGUCGACCUCAACGCCCUCAAGUCCGCGGCGUGCCGCAAGUACGGCCUCGCCCGGGCCCCGAAGCUCGUGGAGAUGAUCGCGGCGCUCCCGGAGUCCGACCGCGACGCCCUCCUCCCGAAGCUCAAGGCGAAGCCCGUCCGCACAGCCUCGGGCAUCGCCGUCGUCGCCGUCAUGUCGAAGCCCCACCGGUGCCCGCACAUCGCCACGACGGGGAACAUAUGCGUGUACUGCCCCGGGGGGCCCGACUCGGAUUUCGAGUACAGCACGCAGUCCUACACUGGCUAUGAGCCGACGAGCAUGCGCGCGAUUAGGGCUAGGUAUAAUCCGUAUGUCCAAGCCAGGGGUAGGAUAGAUCAGCUUAAGCGGCUGGGUCACAGCGUUGACAAGGUGGAGUUCAUAUUGAUGGGCGGCACUUUCAUGUCUCUACCAGCAGACUAUCGUGAUUACUUCACCAGGAAUCUUCACGAUGCUUUAUCAGGACAUACUUCAGCCAACGUUGAAGAGGCAGUUGCCUACUCAGAGCACAGUGCGGUGAAGUGCAUCGGCAUGACCAUUGAAACGUGA